CGCUUGAAAAUUAAGCUAGCUAGGGUUUUCGAAGUGAGCUUCUCUUUCCCUCUCUUGUAUCCCCUUGGGUGAGAUUUUUCUAGGGUUUCGAGCUCGAUCUCGAUCUCGAUCUCGUGGCUUCGCUUUCAUGGCGGAGAAACUGAGAGACCUCAGUCAGCCGAUCGAUGUUGCUCUUCUUGACAGUACCGUUGCGGCGUUCUACGGCACCGGAUCCAAAGCUGAGAGGCAAGCGGCGGACCAGAUAUUGCGGGAGUUGCAGAACAACCCAGACACAUGGUUGCAAGUUGUCCACAUUUUACAGAAGUCACAGAACUUGAACACCAAAUUCUUUGCUCUCCAGGUGCUUGAAAGUGUUAUCAAAUAUAGAUGGAAUGCUUUGCCUGUUGAACAAAGAGAUGGAAUUAAAAACUACAUAUCUGAUGUUAUUGUACAGCUUUCAAGUAAUGAAGCUUCCUUUAGGCAAGAAAGGCUCUAUGUAAAUAAGCUCAAUAUUAUACUGGUCCAGGUCUUAAAGCAUGAGUGGCCUGCUAGAUGGCAAAGCUUUAUUCCUGAUCUUGUUUCUGCAGCAAAGAGCAGUGAAACACUUUGUGAAAAUUGUAUGGCCAUAUUGAAGCUUCUAAGCGAGGAGGUUUUUGACUUUUCAAGAGGUGAGAUGACUCAGCAGAAGAUUAAAGAACUCAAGCAAUCCUUAAACAGUGAAUUUCAGCUCAUUCAUGAGUUAUGCUUAUACGUACUAUCAGUAUCUCAGAGGACUGAGCUUAUACGCGCUACAUUGGCUACAUUGCAUGCUUUUCUCUCAUGGAUUCCUCUCGGCUAUAUCUUCGAAUCUCAAUUGCUGGAGACACUCUUAAAGUUUUUUCCAGUGGCAUCAUAUAGGAACCUCACACUCCAGUGUUUGACAGAGGUUGCAUCUCUUCAGUUUGGUGACUUUUAUGACAUGCAGUAUGUCCGAAUGUAUACUAUUUUCAUGGUGCAAUUACAGAAUAUUCUCCCACCAAGUACAAAUAUACCAGAUGCUUAUGCUAAUGGCUCAAGUGAUGAACAGGCAUUUAUUCAAAAUCUUGCGUUGUUCUUCACUUCCUUUUACAAGUCUCAUAUUCGCAUAUUAGAGUCAACUGCUGAGAGCAGAGCUGCAUUGCUUAUGGGUCUUGAAUAUCUGAUAAACAUCUCAUAUGUUGAUGACACAGAAGUUUUCAAGGUAUGCUUGGACUACUGGAACUUAUUAGUUCUGGAGUUAUUUGAGGCUCACCAUAACAUAGAUAAUCCUGCAGCUGUUGCAAGCAUGAUGGGACUUCAGGUGACUUCUGUUCCUGGACUUAUUGAUGGUCUUGGUUCACAACUUUCACAACGUCGGCAACUCUAUGCUGGUCCAAUGUCGAAGUUAAGGUUGCUCAUGAUUUGUCGUAUGGCAAAGCCUGAAGAGGUCAUUGUUGUUGAAGAUGAAAAUGGGAAUAUUGUCCGGGAAACUAUGAAGGAUAAUGAUGUACUUGUGCAGUAUAAGAUCAUGAGGGAAACACUUAUUUACUUGUCUCACCUUGAUCAUGAUGAUACUGAGCAACAGAUGCUGAAGAAACUAAACAAGCAAUUGAAUGGUGAAGAUUGGAGUUGGAACAAUCUUAACACACUCUGCUGGGCAAUUGGGUCAAUAUCUGGAUCUAUGGUUGAAGAGCAGGAAAAUAGGUUUCUUGUGAUGGUUAUUCGUGAUUUACUGAAUCUGUGUGAAAUUACGAAGGGAAAGGAUAACAAAGCUGUUAUUGCUAGCAAUAUCAUGUAUGUUGUUGGACAGUAUCCAAGGUUUCUAAGGGCUCACUGGAAGUUUCUCAAAACAGUUGUAAAUAAGUUAUUUGAAUUUAUGCAUGAAAGUCAUCCAGGGGUUCAGGAUAUGGCCUGCGAUACUUUCUUGAAAAUUGUCCAGAAAUGUAAACGCAAAUUCGUACUUACUCAGGUUGGAGAAAAUGAACCCUUUGUAUCUGAACUUUUAACCAGCCUUCCAACGACAAUUGCAGAUCUUGAGCCACAUCAAAUUCAUACAUUCUAUGAAUCGGUUGGUCACAUGAUUCAUGCUGAGCCAGAUAAUACAAAAAGGGAUGAGUAUUUGAAAAGGUUAAUGGACCUUCCUAAUCAGAAAUGGGCGGAAAUUAUAGGGCAGGCUAGCCAGAGUGUUGAUAUCUUGAAGAAUCAAGAUGUGAUAAGAACAGUUCUUAAUAUACUGCAGACAAAUACAAGUGUUGCCAGUUCCCUUGGAUCAUAUUUCUUCCCGCAAAUAUCAUUGAUAUUCUUGGAUAUGUUGACAGUAUACAGAAUGUAUAGUGAACUUAUAUCAAGUACUAUAGCAGAAGGGGGACCCUUUGCUUCCAAAACAUCUUUUGUAAAACUAUUGCGAUCUGUAAAACGCGAGACUCUUAAACUCAUUGAAACAUUUGUAGACAAGGCUGAAGAUCAAUCUCAUCUAGGAAAGCAAUUUGUGCCACCGAUGAUGGAUCCUGUUCUUGGUGAUUAUGCAAGAAAUCUUCCUGAUGCCAGGGAGUCUGAAGUACUAUCUCUUUUUGCAACAAUCAUCAACAAGUAUAAAGGUGCAAUGAUGGAAGAUGUCCCCAGAAUUUUUGAAGCAGUUUUCCAGUGUACUCUUGAGAUGAUUACAAAGAACUUUGAAGAUUAUCCUGAGCAUCGUCUCAAGUUUUUCUCUUUGCUGCGUUCAAUAGCCACACAUUGUUUCCAUGCUUUAGUUCAGCUUUCUAGUCAGCAACUGAAGUUAGUCAUGGAUUCAAUCAUUUGGGCUUUUCGGCACACAGAAAGAAAUAUUGCUGAGACUGGCCUCAACCUUCUUUUGGAGAUGCUUAGGAACUUUCAGGUGUCUGAAUUUCGCAAUCAAUUUCAUAGGACUUACUUUUUGACAAUCGAGCAAGAGAUUUUUGCUGUGUUAACAGACACAUUCCAUAAGCCAGGUUUCAAGUUACAUGUUUUGGUACUUCAACAUUUGUUCUGUCUGGUGGAUUCUAAUUCAUUGACUGAGCCAUUGUGGGAUGCAGCAACUGUACCAUAUCCUUAUCCAAACAAUACAAUAUUUGUUCGUGAAUACACAAUUAAACUCUUGGCAUCAUCAUUCCCAAAUAUGACACCUACAGAGGUGACUCAAUUUGUUGAUGGACUCUUUCAGUCAAAAAAUGACCUUUCUAUUUUCAAGGAUCACAUCCGAGAUUUUCUUGUGCAAUCAAAAGAAUUUUCUGCACAGGAUAACAAAGAUUUAUAUGCAGAAGAAGCAGCUGCCCAAAGAGAGAAGGAACGCCAAAGAAUGCUCUCAAUUCCUGGUCUUAUUGCUCCAAGUGAAUUGCAGGAUGAAAUGGUGGAUUCAUAGUGUGUACGCAUGAUGAGUACUUAGCCUUGAUCUGAACUUCACCGACCGCGUUGAUUUCAUUGGGCAGCUGACAUCGUUAUGCCCGGUUAUAUUCUGAUGUUAUUUGGAGAUUGUGCCUCAAUUUUCCUCUCUUGACAACAUCUUGAUUUUACUGGGAAUACAUAGACUAAGACACCUACUUGUUGCAAGGGCUGUUCAAACUGCUGGUGAUGCUUCCGAACUGGUGGUGGUCAUGUUGGCUGAAGUAGCAGCAGUUCUUGUGCAGGCAAUAGACAAUUAAUGUUGUCAGUUCAUUUCAAGCCAGUAAAACUAAAUAUGUUUUUAUAGUGUUUGCCCAAGUAAAGGCUCCAUCCAUUGAUUUAGUGUAA